CCCACCCGUUCUCGGGCAGCUACUAGCUCUGCCUAUAUAAACUCCAGGCAUCUCGAAAGUCUCCUCAUUCUAUACGAGGCGUCAGUCUAUGUAUAAAGUCGGAAGAGCAUCGCGGAAUCACUUUGGGACACGCGUGAAUUUCCUUUGAAUCCGGAAAUUCGAACAGCGCUUAGCCUAACAUCGACAGGACCUUCGAACGAACGUUCCUCUCGACGGAACCAACUCCAUCCUUCCAGCUCCAGUUCUGGUCAGACUCGGCGCGCGGGUCUAUCCCGCCUCGAGAUUUCAUCCUAGACACUUGUCUUCGAAGAUUCUUCCACGAUCAUUCUUGACGAUCUACACAACCGACACUGUCGAAUCGAUAGAUCGAGCUUGUCUUCGAACCUUUCGGCGAUCAUCCUUUGGAGCUGAAAUAGGAACUUCGGAUUUGAAGAAUCGAGGAAAAUCGACAAGAUGAAACUGAUACUGUUAGUGACGUUAUUAGCUGUCCUCUACACCAUCGACUUCUCCAACAGCGCCGCUGUGAGAACAGAGGAGUUUGCGGAACAACUACGUCGUAUCGUUCACGAUAUGCAUCUCGAUAAAACAAGAACUCAAAGGGGCACCGACGAAAAUGAUGACGAACCUAAACGGGACUGCUAUGAUACACCUUGCGGAUGGAACACGUACACUCCCUCCACUCGUCUAGGCACAAUUUUCAUGCGAAAUACAUGUAAAUGUCCUGACGAGACUUACAAGUGUGUACGCACCGGAGAAAACGUAUCAAUGAGCGCGUACGUUUAUCACUGUCGUCAAAACACGACGGCAGACGAUAUCGAAAGCGAAUCGUCCGACGACAUGGACUACGUCAGUUAAGACGUGUCCGUAAAAAUGAUUAAAACACGUGAACAUACCUGAUUUAAACAGCCAUGGUCAUGGGUAUCACCGCCAUCCUCGCCGUAUCGCCGAAAGAAGCAAUUCUCCCCUUGCCUCUUCAACAAGGAUUAUUUUGACACCACCGACAAACAGCUGCGGACUCCCGUUUUCUAUAUCCCACACAACAGAACAGGUCACGUGGUUUUAUUUUAUUUACGCGCUUUUUGAUGAUUGGAAUGCAGUAGGUUUCAAAUUUUCGCGGUCACGAUGCGCGCGCAAUCGGUGCGUGCCGCGCAAAUAUGAUCGAACGUCGAGUCGACAGUACCGUUGACUACCUUUGGAGAGUCAACAUUUCUACAGAGUCAGACUGCAUGAAAAAUUUUCUUUUUUCGAAUAACAUUGUUUAGUAACACUGAAUCGACAUUCGAUCAUUGAUGUUUGACCUUUAACUACUACGGACGGACUGUAAGAUCGCUAUUGAUAUUCGAAAAACAACAAACUUCUGAAUACACUUUCCAUUGUUCGAUUGCACAUAGAACUGUCCAUUGUUAAUUCGUAGAAGAGCUGAUUCUUAUACAGCAUUUGUACUUAUUUAGUGAUUCAAUAAUGUAGUAGCGAUAUAUCAGACUCUGUAUAGUAGUUAUGUAAGUUUUAAUCCCUGUAGUAUUUAAGGACUAUUAGUAUUAAUUAGUAGAUUCGAAACUGUUUCGACAACAGACAGCUGCAGUUUGAAAUGCACGCAAAACGUAUUUUAAUCAAAUUAUUCUUAGGAAAAGUAGUUGUUUCGCAUACGUUUUUAUUCGAAAGCAUAUUAUUUACAGUUUGUAUUGUUUUUACGAAAAAAUUGCAUGAAAAUUAAUUAAUCUUACCUGAAUCACACGCGGCAAAUCUCCACACGACGCAACCACUGCGAGGGAAGACCCUGUUUGCGCGCGAAUUCCGCGUUGCUAUGGUAACGACUAUUCCCGCGAUGGCGCGAUUUUCAAACGCUUUUAUCUUGCAAGAAACUAUUGCGCAACUUUACUUCGUUAAAAAUCGACGUUAAUACGGUAAAUUCACGCAGUGUCGCAUAAGUUUUAUGCAAAAUCUGAAAGUACACAAUUCGCAUGAUAAUUUGCUGUCGUUCGGAAAAGACUAGACGCAUGGAAUUUAAAAUUACUACAAUAGAAAAUUCAUCGUAAGUUAAUUACAAGCACCAACUAACACGUAUUAAUGUUUUACAAGUUACGAUGAUAAGUUUUAUUAUAUUUUCUUGGUUAUUCGAAAAUAAGUUAUAAUUCGUAAAACUGUAGUAAGUAUAAGGAUCAUUUAAGACCUGAUUUUAGUAAGUAGCAUUUUUUAUAGGUAGUUUUAGGCGUAUAUCUGAAUUAAAUACACAAAAUUAUCGUUCGAAAAGUAAAGUCAGGUCCAAAGAAAUCGAUAUAAAACUUCUGAUAAGAUAUUCAAAAUUCGUAUUUGUAAAUCUGCUCUCCUAAGCUAUUGACGCUCUGACACUCGCACAAGAAAUAUGCCAACUGUAGAAGAUCUAUGAACCUCGUGGCCUUUUCUGUUCAAUAAAAAGAAUAUCUUGUUUUUUUUCAAAUACGAAUCGAGGAUAGAUUGUCAAAAUCGAUGAUUAAUGAACUUCGACGUUCAGUUCCAACACAUUCAUUUAUAUUCGAAUUUUAAGAAUGCGAAUUUUUGUCGAAAUUCAUCGGCGACUAACAAUUAUUCUUAAGUUAACGUACACCCUAGAAUUACUCGAAGGUGGUGUAAAAGUAGCAAGGAUAGUUAUUACAGUAUUUCAAUAAGGCACAAUCCACAAUUUUGUACUUAACGGGGAAAAUUGUUUCAAACCUUUUUGUAUAUCAUAAUCGACUAUUUAUAAUGUGCUAAAAACAAUAAAUAUAACCAUAGUAUCAUUCACUCAUUACAAAACGUCAUACUCGAUUGUUUUUUAAUUCAAAGACCAAAGAGGUUUUUGCUUUGAUGUUUCUCGAUUGAACAUUGUACGCUUCAUGGAACAUUUUACAAGUGUUUUCUUCCAUUUGACAAAAAUAAUGAAUUAUUCAUUAAUGAUGAAAAAUAGAACAAUCAGCAAGAACUGUAAUUUGGACUACUUUAAGCUUCAACAAAACUUUAAAAUUAUUAGAUUACUUGGCAAGUUACAGGCUCUGAAAGCGUACAAUAUCUGCGAAAUUUGAAAUGUUUUUAGCAAACAUAUAGAAAAUAGUACAGGCAAUGUAUUCGUAUACAGUAUUUCAUUUAGUAAUAUUUAAUACACUGAAAGGGUAAAUUAUCUGUAAUUGUACAACGAUUAUGAAUGUUAUCAUUUUUAAUAAAAAUAAGUAAUGUUGUAAGAAAUAAUUGGGUUUGGUACUUUUCACUCCUUUAUCCCCUCACCACUUACCUCGAAUAUAAAAUUAUACUUUCUUUUCUCGUUUACAACGUCAUUAUACCGUUUACAAACAAAUGUACACUAAUUAUAUCGCGACUCUGAGAAUCGAGAGUGAAUGAAAUAAAAACAAUCGUAAUAUUAAUUAUUUAUUAAUAUUAAUAAUGGUUUGUGCAAAAUAUAUCAACAUUAAAUUAUUAUCUUGAGUAAUAAAAUUGCCUGUACAUUCACUUUUGAUACAUGGACAUACACUUUUAAAAUUAGCAAUUUCUCGAUAAAAUACACUAUCAAUAGUCACAAGUAGUCGAGUAUCGGAAGACCACGUCUCUCUUUUCUUUGUUCACCUUUCGAUAAGAUACACAGUUUUUAAUGUACAACUGCAAUAUAUUGCAUAAUUCUAGAGCACGGUGUGUGUAUUUUCGUUCACAAAAUUAUAAACAGAGACGCCAAGGCUUCAACGAAAUCCGUGUAAUUAGGAUAAAAAUGUAUUUAAUCAUGUUUAUGCGUACAUCCUAAUGUGUCAAAUAUAUUUUAAUAGAUUCGCUUAAACAAAAUUAAUUCGUCUUUUUUGUACGACUGCGUCGCGCAGCUCGAAUGUUACAAAGGAAUUAUUUACUUUCGUUACCACGCACGAACAUGUGUAAUUGCGACUUUUCAUUUUAAGAAUCGAAUAAUUACGCUAAAAAA